CUGAGGUGAGCGGCGUGCGGCCUCUGGGCAGGGGGUGCGUGAGGGAAAACGCCGAGUUGCGAUAAGGAAUGAAAUCGGUUAUAAGUGUAUUGGUGAUACCAGUACAGGAGUGUUGUGUCUGGGUCAAGUGUGAGCACUGCUUAAAGGCUCUUGAAAACAAAGAGAAUGCCUCACAUGUCUACAGUGCAUGCAGACUUGGUGCCUCACUACCUUUUAUGGAAGCUGAAAGAAUGAAUCAGAGAAUGGCUUGGGUUGGAAGGGACCUCAAGGAUCGUCAAGCUCCAACCUCCACAUUCAAUACUAGACCAGUGUUGAGACUGCAUUCCAUAGAUCCAAACCUUGGGCUACUGUGAGCUGGAACAGAGGAGGAUCCUGAGUUCUACUAGCGACUGCAUAUCCUAAAGAAAAGAGAAAGAAUCCUUCCAUGUGCAUGAUCUCUGGGACUGGGCACUGGUCUACUUCGUAAGGAAAAGUUGAGCCAAGAAGUCUCCUGGAGCUGUACUGAUGCAACUGUUUGUGGGCUGUGAAUGCAAGCAGACUUUAAGAGCAGAAGUUAUUCCUCAGAUUCCUGAUAGCUUCGAGAACAGUGUUUGAGAUGUCUGCAAUUGAGAAGAUUGAGGAGCAGUUUGCCAGCCUGCGCAUAGCAAAGCGCUCUGUGCUAAGUGAGGAACCUGCUUACCUGCUGGAUAUAGACAUCUCUGGAUCUGCUCAGUCUGAAAGCAGUCGCUUUGUGGCAGUUUCAUGUUCCAAUAAAUCAAUUAGGGUCUUUAACAGAGAAACACUGAACUUCCUGCGGGAGUACAGCAGCUGUCCUGGGACACUUAGCGGUGUCAGAUUUGCACAUGUGUGUGACAGCUUGGUGUUUUCUGCAUGCAGUGAUGGUACAGUAAAAUGCUGGGAUAUUCGUUUAGCAACUCAGAAAGCUGCGCAGGUAUUUAGUGGCUAUCCUUCCAAUGUGUUUAUCAGUUUUGAUAUCAAUUGCAGUGAUUUCAUGAUUUGUGCUGGAACAGAAAAAGUAGAAACGGAUACAUUCCUGGUGUUCUGGGAUGCGAGAGGCAGCACAGACUGUGCCAGCACAGUCAGGGAACCUUUGGGAGUGUACUCAGAAAGUCACAAUGAUGAUGUCACUAAGAUUUGUUUUCAUCCUGUCAAACCCAGUUUGUUCGUUUCUGGGUCGACUGACGGCUUGGUUAACGUGUUUGAUAUUAACAAGGACAACGAAGACGAUGCUUUGAUAUCAACCUGUAAUUCAGAUUCAUCAGUAAGUUUUAUUGGCUGGUCUGGGAAAGAUUAUGAACAGAUCUACUGCACGACCCAUGAUGAGGGAUUUUGUUGGUGGGACCUUGCUCAGUUAGAUACUGAAGAACCAAUAAUGUUACUGCGUAUUCUGGAUGCCAGAGACUCAGUCUGCAUUGAAAAUGGCAGCUUAAAUUACCUGGUAGGAGGCAUGUACCAUGAAAAGGCAGACAGACUCUUUCUAAUUGGAGGAACGGCAACAGGAGAUGUUCACCUGAUAAGCUGCAGUGCUGCUGGGCUGAGCCUGGUGGGUACCCUUCCAGGGGGACACUCUGCCACCGUUCGCUCUUUCUGCUGGAACCUGGCAGAGGAGUCGCUGUUGACAGGAGGAGAGGAUGCCCAGCUGUUGCUGUGGAGGCCUGGAGCUGUGGAACGCUCUCUGGCAAAGAAGAUGUCCAUGAAGAUUGCUUCUUCUGUGCAAAAGAGAGUGAGAGUUCACAACAGUUCCCUCAAAAGCAGGAAAAAAUAAAAUUCUGGGAAUGGGAGCCUGCUCCAUAGAGGUUUUUCUGUUUGUUUUAUCCUUCCAGGCAAUACUUGGCUGCUGCUUUAUUUGGAGGUGUUCUGUGGAAAGAACUGCAAUACAUGAAUUCUGUUUGGAAACUUGCACUUGCAUCAGUCAUCAGAGGAGUGUCUUUUUUUUUAAAGUUGCUAAUAUUAAUUUGAAAAGAGUAAAUGUUUGCUCACUGGUUCAUGAAGAAUACAUCUUCAAUCAGUUUUUAUAAAAAUACUUUUUAUGGUUGUUUAGUGUCUCAGCCAACAUUUUAAUGCAUAAUAUAGGCCUGUGACUUGCAUAAUUUGUUACUUUCCCAGUGAAAUUCCCUGUCAUGAUUUAAAAGCUUUUGUAUUUCAAGCUAUGUUUUUCUUUCUUUACAGAGAACUUAAUGAAAUUUCUCAAGAUAUUAAAAGAUUUUACGUUGCUUCUUAA